AUGUCGGACAAGGUCGACUCGAGCUCUCUCUCCUCCCUCUCCAACAUCAACCAGUACCCCAACUGGGCUGCGCAGAUGAAGGGCUAUCUCAUCAUGAUUGGUUCCUGGACUGUCACCAACUCGGCACCCGCUACUACGGCUACUACUGCAACGGCUGAAGAACUUAAGGAGCAUGACCUUGAGAUGAUGCUGUUGGAGUCGGUGCUGUAG